AUGAAGAAAUCACUUACGGAACAACUGGUGAUUGACAAGAUUUGUCUUAAUAAAUACCAAUUGAAUGCAACCUAUUGUUCAUUAAUACACUCUAUGGCCGACACAAGUGAUGACUAUCUGAAUAUGAAGUCACACAUAAUUGACGACAAAAAGACAUUUAUGUAUUACAACAUGGGUUUAGUUUUAUUGCCUAACAUUAUCGCAUCGACCAUCAUCGCUCAAUCUAUUGGAUGCUAUACAAGCGGAUAUGUGCUAAGCGGUCAAUCUAUAUUCAAAACAAAAUCCCUAUUCAACUAUACGGGUAUAUUGAUAAUGUGUGGCCUACACCUACUUCUGGCACUCGUAUGGGCCGUAUUCAUGGUGGACGAGGAGCGGGACAUUAGGCUCUGGGAGUCGCGGUUCAGUAUAGUGUCCGACACCGACCACAACACCGACACCCAAACAAUCGACGAUCGGGUGAACCAAAAGCUCCAGCAAUACACCGACAAUGUGGACAAACAUCCGAUGAGACUGUUAUUCAAUCACAGAAAUGGACACCAGAUUGGGUUGGCUUUGAUUAAACGACGGGACAAUUCAGGCCGACUUCAUCUACUAUUGCUACUGUUUGUGUGCGUGUCGUCGUAUCUGAUGUCACUCAUGGGACCAGUUAUGGUGAUGAGACAGUUUGUCCAUAAGGCCUAUUCGUGGGAUUUUAUCGCUUACUGUAACGCGACGGCUGUCGAGUAUCUGGUGCUUAAACUAAGUGACAUGACAUUGGCGCUCGUAGGUUUAUUAUCACAUCUCAUUAUGCUAAUAAUUAGAGGCACCGCGUUAUCAUCGGGUGGUUUCUAUUACUCGUUAAUACCCGGCUGUUUAACGCCGUUAGCUAUAAUAGGCAUGCGAUCACAUUUGUCCAAAAUGAUCGAGGUGGGAGAGAUGGGCAAAAUAUUUAGCGUAUUUGCAGCUAACGAAGCCAAUACACCAAUGAUGGCCGGCGAGUUGUUUCGACGAGUUGAGUGUACCGGCGCUAACACUAUGCGUGCCGACCAGUGCCCUGAUACGACCGGGGAUCCCGAUAUGCUAUACGAGGUAUCAUUGAAGUUAUCAUUUGAAGAGUACUUGGUAUAUAUGGGCUCACUUGUGGGCCUAUGGUUUGGUGUAUCGGUCCUUAUGUUUACUAAUCUAAUCACCCAAUUGUCCGACAAAUAUAAAAUCUAUUUCUGCCAAAACCAGACCAUUAAUGUCGCUAAUAAUCAAAACAUAUUGAAUUUGGUGGCCGACAAGAUAUGCAGAUUUACGUACAAUUUAACGGCAAUUUAUUGUCAACAAUUGCACACAAUGUUACCCAAUGACGACCCGCUGGACAUGAGACACAAGAUAAUGGCUGAUAAAAAACAACUAAUGCUAUAUAAAACUGCCAUGGUCAUUGUCCCAUCGCUAAUGGCCACUGUAAUAGUGGGUCACUGGACGGACACCUAUAUUAAGGCCAAGAAGUGGCUGCUAAUGACCGGCGCUCUGGCCAUUGUCGCCGAGUGUCUAAUACUUAUUGUUAAUGACUAUUAUUUUGAUUUAGACAAAACAUACAUACUAAUAGCAUACGUGCCUGGUAUAUUGUCUGGCGGAUUGUUCGCUGUGCUGACCGCUAUCUGGCCAUACAUCGCGGUGACAACUCCAACACAUUAUCUCACCCAUAGGAUAGCGUGCGCCGAGAUUAUAAAUAUGCUGGCUCAAUCGCUGGGUAUAUAUGGCGGGGCUCACAUACUAAACACUACCCCGAUGUUCAAUGGGGGUCAACUGCACAACUACUCCGGUGUGUUCACAAUAGCGGGCACUACACUAUGUCUGGCCUUUAUAUGGGCGGCACUUAUGGUCGACAAGAAGCGGGACACUCGUGAGUGGGAGCGCAGGUUUGGCGGACACGGGGCCGACUCUGUGGACAAUCCCGCUGUACAUCAUAGCGUUGAGCACCGGGUGAACGCCCGGAUCCGGCACUUCCUCGAUAAAGACAUUGUACACCCGUUGAAGCGCUUGUUUAACAUCAAGAAUGGCCACAAAAUGUUGAUGUCUUUGGUUAAACGGCGCGACAAUUACCUCCGCUUUCAGAUCCUAAUACUCUUCUUAUCGGUCAUCAGUUAUGUCUCAUCCAAUUUGGGUCCCAUUGUCUUCGGCCAACAGUUCUCGCAAAGGGUCUAUCACUGGACACCCGACCAAUACGUCACUGCCUUUACGCUCGGAUGUUUGGCAAUUGCCGGCGGGGCCGCCGCUAUCGGUCCCGUACUUCUGGGGCUGAGACUGAAAGACACACACCUGGCACUACUGGGUUUGGUCUCGUUUUUCUCGCUACACCUGAUCCGUGGUGUAGUGGUGUCGCCCUCUGGUUACUACUACUCGCUAAUACCCGGGUGUUUGGGUCUCUACGCGAUAGUUGGCAUUCGGUCCCAUCUGUACAAACUGUUUAAGGAUCACGAGUUGGGAAAAGUGUUGAGUUUUUUCGCCGCAACCGAAGCCACGACACCAUUGAUUGCGACCGAAGUUAUUAACAUUAUAUUUGAUGAGACCAUUGAUAAGAUGCAAGGCUUGCCAUUUAUCAUCAUAGCCGUUUUGCUCGUUAUACCGUUCAUGGUGAUUGUAUGGAUCGAUAAUUAUACCAUAUUGCCACAUUUGCAGCCCAGUGUUAAUAGUGGUGGUACUAAUAAUAAUGCAGUUGAUCCGUUUCUAUUCGCCUAUAUGUUUGUGUUCACUAUGAAGAGAGUGCCAAUGGAUCAGUUAGUUCAGGACAAGGUGUGCCGUCACACGUACGACAUCAACGCCACGUAUUGCCACAGUUUGCCCACAAUGUCCCCCAACGAUGACUACCUGGGUGUAAAGUCUCGUAUAUUAACCGAUGUAACUCGGUUUACAAUAUACAUGACCAUUUUUAGUACAGUGCCAUCAGUGUUGACCUCCUUAUUCAUCGGCUCGUGGACUGACACCUAUAUUAAAGCCAAAAAGGUGUUGCUUAUGGUCGGCGCCGCCGCCGGUGUUGUCGAGGCUGUGAUACUAGCGCUCAAUGAUUGGUACUUUGAUUGGCGUGGUGGUAUAUUAGCGGUGUUUGUGUCCGUCUGGUCAUACGUGGCCUCCACCACACCUUCCCAUAUGCGAGCCAUCAGAAUGACAUUCCUGGAGAUUGUGGCCGGAAUUGCUCAUCCGUUGGGCAGUUAUGUGGGCGGUGUGGCGCUGAACACGGAGCCCAUGUUCAACACGGGUCAGUUGCAUAACUACACGGCUGUGUUUAUCAUAGCCGGUGGCACCAGUUUGUUGGCACUGUUGUGGGCCGUGUUUACCAUCGAUGAGGAGCGAGACAUCAGGCAAUGGGACCGACUGUUUCCCGGCGGUGAAACCCAGGACAUGGGUCCGGACACCAGCGCCGAAGAGAGUUUGUCACUAAUGGACAAACGGCUCAAGAGGUUUGACGACAACCGACACAAACAUCCGCUCAAAUUGUUGCUCAACUUCGGUAACGUUAAAGAGAUUCUCAUCACUUGUUUCAAGCGUCGGCCAAACCGACUGCGGCUCCGGAUAUGGCUGUUGUUUUUGUCUACCGCUUGUUAUCUACUCUCACAUAUCGCUCCCGUAUUCUUCAUGUUUCAGUUCAGCCAACGGGCCUACGCCUGGGGCUCCCGAGCCUACAGUAACGGCUCGGCCAUCGGUCAUGUUGUGACCACUUUGACAACCACUAUCGUCGCACCGGUAUUUAAAAUGCGUGACAGUACACUGUCCAUGGUCGGUUUGGUAUCCAAUUUCUCACUUUAUUUUAUACGGGGUGUUGUACUAACACCACUGGGCUAUUACCUCGCGCUAAUACCGGGCUGUUUGGCACCGUUGGGUGCGAUCGGCAUUCGUUCGCAUUUGUCCAAGGUGGUCAACCCGGACGAAUUGGGUAAAGUGUUUUGCUGUAUGGGUUGCGCGGAGGCACUGAUGCCAUUGGUCGGCGCCGUAGUGUUCACGAGUAUAUUUAACGCCACCAUAGACUCGGCGCCCGGACUCGCGCUCAUUGUGUUGGCACUCGUAUUGAUUGUGCCGUUUGCGGUGAUGGCGUGGAUCCGGUGUUUUGUCGGCGACGAUCCGCCCCAUCAAAGGACACGUGAUUUAUCGCUUCACCCAAACGAUGCGUUUAAUAAAAUAUGUGAUGAGAAUCGUGAG